ACAAAUCCGUUCCUCUCAGAGACACUAUCACGUCGCGCAUCGUUUUCCCGCUUUCCCUGCUUCUCGUCUCUCUUCAUCUCCUUCUGUUUUAGCAAAGAACAUGGCAUCGACAAGGGAAAGGGAAACUGGCGAUAGGGUAGACGAGGAAGGGCUUAAUUUUGAAUCGAAAAGGCAAAGAAGUAGUCGCGAGGUGGAGGUUCGGAAGGAGUGUCCUUAUCUUGAUACUGUUAAUAGACAGGUUUUGGAUUUUGACUUCGAGAGGUCAUGUUCCGUCUCUUUGUCAAAAUUUAAUGUGUAUGCGUGUUUGGUUUGUGGUAAGUAUUACCAAGGGAGAGGGAAAAGGUCUCAUGCCUAUACGCAUAGCUUGGAAGCUGGACACCAUGUUUAUAUCAAUCUCCUAACUGAAAAAGUCUACUGUCUUCCCGAUGGUUAUGAAGUUAAUGAUCCUUCGUUAGAUGACAUUUGGCAUGUCCUGAACCCAAGGUUUACUGCAAAAGAUUUUGAACAACUUGACAAAAAUAAGCAGUGGUCUCGGGCAAUUGAUGGUUCUAGUUACCUUCCGGGAAUGGUUGGACUUAAUAAUAUCAAGGAGACUGAUUUUGUGAAUGUAACAAUUCAAUCCUUAAUGAGAGUUACCCUGUUGAGGAAUUUUUUUCUUAUCCCUGAAAACUAUCAACACUGCAAAUCUCAACUUGUUCACGGAUUUGGUGAACUCACUAGGAAGAUCUGGCAUGCACAAAAUUUUAAAGGACAGGUCAGCCCCCAUGAGUUUCUUCAAGCAGUGAUGGAAGCUAGUAAAAACCAGUUUCGGAUAGGUGCGCAGUCUGACCCAGCUAAGUUCAUGUUAUGGCUUCUUGAUACACUGCAUGCUGAUCUUAAACAAUCGGAAAAGAAUACGAGCAUCAUUUAUGAGUGUUUUCAGGGUGAACUUGAGGUUGUUAAAGUGAUUCCUAACAAAAGGAUCAUUGAUGAGAAAGAAAAUAUGGAGGACCAAUCAGACAGGGGAGCUGAGCAAUAUGCAUCCGCCAAAGAAACAUUUCUAAUGUUAGGACUGGAUUUGCCGCCACCUCAGGAUGUGAUGGAGAAAAAUAUAAUACCCCAGGUUCCACUCCUUAACAUACUAAAGUUUGACGGUGAGACUAUCACUGAGGUGGUCCGUCCUCAUAUAGCCAGGAUGCAGUAUCGUGUUACCAGAUUGCCUAAGUAUAUGAUUCUUCACAUGCGGCGAUUUACUAAGAAUAAUUUUUUUGUGGAAAAGAAUCCUACUUUAGUCAACUUUCCUGUGAAGAACCUGGAAUUGAAGGAUUACAUUCCCUUGCCAACACCAAAAGUAAAUGAGAAAUUGCACACUAAAUAUGAUUUGAUUGCAAAUAUUGUUCAUGAUGGCAAACCUGGUGAAGGAUCUUAUAGGGCGUUUGUGCAACGAAAAUCAGAUGAACUAUGGUAUGAGAUGCAGGAUUUGCACGUGUCAGAAACACUCCCUCAUUUGGUUGCGCUUUCAGAAACUUACAUGCAAAUAUAUGAGCAACAGCAGUGAAAGGUCAAGUUCAAAUCCUUUUCUGAGGGCACCGUCACCUGACAGCAAGUGUUCCCGGAGGACUUUGAAUAUGAGAAAUAAUUCAUGCACAAACACAAAAUUAGUUGAUAGGCGGUAGUUUAGAUGCUUUUGGGGAAAUAUAAUGUGAUUUUUUGCUGAGUGAUUCAAAUAGUCAAAUGUGUUGCAUAGCUUUUAGGGUCCGUUUGAUGUGGAAGAUAGGAUAAAAAGCCGGAUAAAAAUACGAUAGGAUAGUGAUAAUAGGAUACAAACUUAUCAUAUCAAGUGUUUGGGAUAGCAUUAUUUUGUCUUUUCAUAUGUUUGUU